AGUGUUCUGAUUUCUAAUGCCAUUUCUUUUCCUGAUAUUUUUCAGCGGGUAUUAAGGAGUACGAGUUUGUUGCUCAGAGAUAUUGUGACAGUUCCAAAUAGAAAUAUGCCUAAAGUGAGUAAAUCCAUGAAUUAAAGAACUGUAAAAAGGUUUCCCACUUCACAGGAGAAUGUUUUGAAUAUACUUUAACUCCUGGCCUUGUCAUCCAGACAGCCACCUGCCUCCACAUACACAUUCGUUCCAGGGGUGGGAUAGCCUGUGGCUCUAACCUAAGCAUCUCUUACUAACUCAAAGUUUUAUACAGACAUUGCCAUUCCUAAGGGGGCUGGGUUCUGCUUGUUAAAAACACAGCCAAAGCUCUCCUCAGCAAACAGCUUGAUAAUAUGCUAUUGGUGUUCACACAUUGGUGUCUCGAGUCCCUUUCCAAGGCCUGACCUGAGCCCAGCCAUGAGGAAUGCCUCGGUGGUGACCGAGUUCAUCCUGCUGGGCAUCCCACACACACAGGAUCUGGAGACGGUGCUCUUUGUCCUGUUUUUGACCUUCUACGUCUUCACUCUUGUGGGAAACCUGCUCAUCCUGCUGGCCAUUGCCUCCUCCGCUCGACUGCACACUCCCAUGUAUUUCUUCUUGUGUGAGCUGUCUGUGUGUGACAUAUUUUUCCCUUCUGUGAGCUCCCCCAAGAUGCUCUUCUACCUCUCAGGGUACAGCCGAGCCAUCUCCUAUGCGGGCUGCGUGUCCCAGCUCUUCUUUUACCAUUUCCUGGGCUGCACCGAGUGCUUCCUGUACACGGUGAUGGCCUAUGACCGCUUUGUGGCCAUCUGUCACCCUCUACGCUACCAGGUGAUCAUGAGCCCCAGGGUGUGUGCCAUCCUGGCCUCGGGGACCUCGUUUUUUGGCUGUGUUCAGGCCACCUUUCUAACCACUCUCACCUUCCAGUUGCCCUACUGUGGCCCCAAUGAGGUGGACUACUUCUUCUGUGACAUCCCCGUGAUGCUGAAGCUGGCUUGUGCGGACACCGCAGCCCUGGAGAUGGUGGGGUUCAUCAGUGUGGGCCUCAUGCCCCUCAGCUGCUUCCUUCUCAUCCUCGCCUCCUACAGCCGCAUUGUCUACUCCAUCCUGCAGAUCCGCUCCGCCGAGGGCCAACGCCAUGCCUUCUCCACCUGCAGCGCCCACCUCACUGCCAUCCUACUUUUCUACAUGCCAGUGGUCCUCAUCUACUUAAGGCCAACGCCAAGCCCCUUGCUGGAUGCAACGGUUCAGGUCCUGAAUAACCUGGUCACCCCCAUGCUGAACCCCUUGAUCUACAGCCUCAGGAACAAGGAGAACAAUAAUGGGCUGUUUCAAUGCAGUGCGCUAUUGUGUUUAUGACUGGAAUUCAUUGAGAAUCCUAGCACACUUGAGGCAUGUGGAAUAAACUAUUGCAAUUUAUUCUCAUAGUGAAGUUGAGAGGGAAGGAAACUGAGAAGAGGAUGAUGGGAAAGGAAGGGACAGGGGUGGAGACCAGUUUGUCUGUCUUUCUCAGAAUCAGAGAGCAACCCAGGAGCCUGCCAGGCCUACCAGCGCUGCUGUGUCUGUGCCUCCAGCCAGUGUGGUGAGCCAGCCCAUGCUCCUGCAGGGGAGACAGACUCCCUCCUGCCCUUUGGCCUACAUGCCUCCAAGCCUUCUCAGCGCUGAUUCUCCUUGUUUCUCAGGAAACAAGAGCUUGAAGAAGGAGGUGGCAAUGCAUCUCCAAUUAUUUCACAUGUCGUCGAUCCCUGCUGGAGCCUAAGUCCACUUGAAGAUCUCUUCCCAUUCCUUAAUUUCCUGGUGGGAGCUGCUCAGAUGGUCCAAAUAGAACAGUUUUUUAAGAAUAAAAGAUGCGAUCCAAUUCCUUUUCAUUUUCACUCAGACAGAGGUCAUUUGGUGAAUAACUUUGUGCUAUGGGUGGGGAAUGCAAAGAUGAAGAAGAGCUGAUCCUACCAGAGUGAGUCAUAGUCUGCCAGAGGAAAGACACAAAUGUGCAGCUGACAUCCCAUGAUAAAGAUGUGAAAUAUGGCAGGAAAUAUGGAGCAUAUUUUUCUGGGGCUGUGGAGGGAGCUCACAAAAGAGGUGUUGAGGGUUAAAUGCUUUUGUUUGUUCUGUCUCCCCACACACACGUACCCCAUGAAGAAUGGCUUUUAGAGGGAGAAAUGUUUUAUAGGGAGAAGCAUCUCAAACUUUUGUUUGUUGUGUUGGUGGGAAUGAGACAUAAUUCCUUGAGUGGGUAUCUCAACUAUGUGCCAUCUGUGAGUGAACAUUCUUGUAAGAAAAAUA